UCACUAACUUUUAGUUAGAUUCGUCUGAAUGACGGUGCAGCAGUAGCAGCUUCAAAAUGGUUUUGAAAAACCUCCAAAUUCUGGUGUUCAUUCUAUUCGGGUUAAGUUUGGUGAGUGCUCAGUUGCCGUUUGGCUUUAACCCGCGGAAAAUAUUCGGAUAUGAUUUGCUACCGAAACCUGCUGCCAGUGAAACUGAAUGUAAAACGGACAACGAUAGGCAUCCUGGAACAUGCAUGUCCCGGAAAGAGUGCAACCAACUCAGUGGAACAGCGUCGGGAUCCUGUGCUGGAUCUGAAGUGUGCUGUGAAAUAAGUAUGGCUUGCGGAAAAGUUUCUCGAGCGAAAAAGACCGUCAUCCGCAGUCCUUCACAUAUCCCUGAUCAGUGCACCUACUACUUUAGACCGUACAGUAAAUACGUAUGCCAACUUCGGAUAGAUUUCAGCAUGAAACUAGGAACACCCUCGAUUCCAAAGCGAAACCUGGGAACGGACGGAUCUUAUGUCCAUUGCGACGAAACCUACAUAAAGUUUGGCAAACAAAUAAAACUCUGCGGAGUAGAUAGGAAGCAACAUGUUUACUUAACAUUCAACGCGGAGCGCGAUCAGAAUACGGAACUUCCCAUCACCAUUAUACACAAGGAGGCUCAAAAUGCAGGAUCCGACUAUUGGGACAUCGUUGUUACGCAAAUUGAGUGCCCACCUAAAGAGGUUUACUCGGAAAAUGAUCAACUUUGGAGUUGGAAAGUUGAUCGAAAAUUAAGAUUUGAUCAAGAUCUUAUUGCUCCCGAAGGAUGUUUGCAAUACUUUAUUGAGGAUAGUGGCACUUUUGAAUCAUUCAAUUACAAUAACGGCAAUGGACCAUACCUCGGAGACAUGCGUUAUGGUGUUUGCUUUAGAAGAAAACAUGGAGACCGAUCAAUUAUAUUCGAAGCGACCAAAUUCAACCUCAAUUCGAACAGGUACAAUCGAUUGGACACGAAUUUGAAUUGUUUCGACCCUCUCAACCCGCGAUCCAAUAAAGACUACCUCCUGAUUCCGGAUUCAUAUCUAAGAACACCAAGCGGAGUUUUUCCUGGUAUCAGGGCCGAGGCGAGCAAAUAUUGUGGAACAAUAUUAGAAGGAAGGGAAUUGUAUUAUUCGCCAGCAGGACCAUUUGUUGUCACCGUGAACUUCGAUAGACGAUACAGUAGAUAUAACCGUGUAAGCGAAGAAGGAUUCAGCAUCAGAUAUAACAUAAACUCACAUCAUCAUCAUCCUGAGAACGAUGACCACGAUCACCGACCUGGUCAUAAUGACCAUGAUCACGAUCACCAUCCCGACCACGGUCAUCACUCUGACCAUGAUCACGAUCACCAUCCCGACCGCGGUCAUCACUCUGACCAUGGUCACUACCCUGACCACGACCAUAACCCCUAUGACCCGGACCAUCACUAUGAUCCUGACUAUGGUCACGGUGGUCAUUUCCCGGGCAGCUUUCCGCGCGAUGAACAUGAGGACAGUCCAACAGAUGCUGCAGAUAGACCCGAGGAGGAGCAGGACUCUUAGUUUGGUUUAGUUUUACGAAUUUAUUUAUAUUUCAAUUCGAUAUUUCUGUUCAUUAUAAUUGACUUGAAGUAAGUUUUAGUGUAAAAGUUAUGUAGCACAAUUUUUAUGGAAAUAAAAUCCUUUUGGCAGUCUAUGCUUCUCAAGUGAACUACAAAAUUGAA